CAGAUAGUAUUUUGUCGUGUUCUUUGGGGUUCUGCUGGCCCUACUGAGUUGGAGUAAUCCUAGUUAACCAUGUGGCUUCGACAAGAGUACAAACCUGAAAAACAACGGUUUGAAAAAACAUUUGAACUUGAAAUUGACAGAAGUUCUUACGCUGAUCGAUCUGGAGAGGGGGACAACAAACUCUACAAUUACAAGUCUGUCAUAAAACUUCGACAGAGCUACACAGCUCUUGGAACAACUGUUUGGGAUGGAAGUAUUGCGCUCGCUAAAAUGUUCGAUAAUCGAGAUCUAUUUCCUAUACAUUAUUUGCAGGAAUGUCGAGUUUUAGAACUUGGAGCUGGCUGCGGUUUGGUUGGAAUUUAUUUGAGUUUGUUAGGUGCAAAAAUGACCAUUCUAACUGACCAGAAAUGUUGUGUAAAAACUGUUGAAGACAACGUAGCAGCAAAUGUGACUGAAGUUUGUCGGAGUAGAAUCAAGGUUAUGGAAUAUUGUUGGGGAAAAAACACAGAAGAUUUGACAAAAGAUGGUCUAUUUCAUCUGAUUCUAGCAGCGGAGUGCCUUUAUUCAGCAGACGACUCCAUGCGGCUGGCUCAGUGCAUUCCAAAGUUAUCAAAAUCUGGUUCACGCAUCUAUGUUUCGAUGGGAAGAAAUCGUGGAGGUGAGGGAGCAUUUGUGAAAACAAUGGCAAGUCAAGGUUAUGACUGCAAUGAGGUCCCAAGAAAUGAACUUCACCCAAAAUACCAGGAUGAUGUUAUAAAAAUCCUGGAAUUCAAAUGUAAAGUUUGACUUGCUAACUAAUAAAAGUAAUUGAUGAGAAA